AUGGCCACAAGAUCAAAUCACGUGUCUUCACUUAAAUCAAAUGAAAUUCCAGCCCAUCUAAAAUCUGGUACAUUUGCAUUGAAAUGGCCUGAAGAAAUAAAAAAGUCUCCAACUCCUAUCGUCGUCAAUUUAUCAAUUGAUACAAAAGGUUUUUACCUAAUUUGCUUGAAUAAAGUGAAAAAAGAAAUCGAAUGUUUUGAUCUUGCAUUAAUUCAUGAUACUCGUACAGGUUCACAAGUAAAACUUCCUCAAGGCUAUGAAUAUUUUCAAAAAAACAAUAUUGGUGAUCUUGAUGUUUCAAUUGCAUCGAAAUGGCUUACGAUUUAUUAUGGAAAUACAUAUGUGGCUACAGAAUUGCGUUUAAUUCAUUUUUAUUUUGAAAGAUCAAGUACUGCUGAAGAAUGGACUGAACGAUUAUUUCAAUUUGGACAUAAUCAAAUUUUAAGAAAUUUAUCUAGUUUAGAUUGUCUUGAAAAAUUGCAUUCCAGAAUUAUUAAUGGUUUAAUCGAUUCAGAUAAGAAAACGAUUUCUGUUAGAAGAUUAAUUCAAUUUUUAUGUAAAAAUACUCGUGAUGGUAGUAAAGAAAGAGCAAUACUUCAAGCAUUGAACUACUUAAAAUUACCAUGUCAAAUGGAUUCUGUGAUUAAUCCAGCUGAAUUUACUUUCAAUAUUUUUUUUCGUCUUUACAUGCAACUGAUGGAAUGUCAUGAAAUUGAUAAAUUAUUCGAAUCAAUGUAA